AUGAAAGAGUCUUCUCCUUCUCGUCUUCGCAAGAACUGCUCAAACCCACCAAGAAAACUCAAGCUUGUUUGCAGUUUCAAUGGCGCAUUCCACCCCAGACCUCCUUCUGGAAAGCUUCGUUAUACUGGUGGCGAGACUCGUAUUAUAUCCGUUGAUAGAAACAUUGGGUUCUUGAAACUUCGGGCAAAGAUUGUGGAUCUUUGUCCAAACGUAAUGUCUUUUUGGUUGAAGUACCAGGUGGCUGUAGCUUACGUGGAUGUGCACAGGGGUUUGGUCGUGAUAGAAUCGAAUGAGGAUGUCAAGUGCAUGGUGGAAGAGUACGAGAAGCUGGAGUUGUACGGUAAGAGAGCAAGGCUUUGGGUUUUUGUUUGUAGUAAUGGGCUUGAAGGGCAUUUUUAUAAGGGUCAGGUUGAUGAUAAAGUGACAAAGAAUGUGGGGAAUGGUGGUAAUGGUUUAAGGUACGGUGAUGAUUCUUUAAGAAAAAUGGUUUUGAAACAGCAGUUAUUGGCUAAACAGACGGGUAGAAUUGGUGGAAUUCAGGGUGUUUCGGUUUUCGAUGUUAAUGAGAGUGGAAAGGGAUUAGCAUCUUGUGGUAAGAAUCAAAAGUUUGAUUACCCACUUCCCGAUUUAGGGUCUGAGGAACGAAGAGUUUUUCUGAGUGAAGAAGACCCAUGUGGAAAAAACUUGUUAGAUUGUGAAAUGAGAAAUUUGAGGUCUCAGAUGUGUCCAUUGAAACCUAGGGAUGGAAAUCUGCGUGUGGAAAAUAAUUGUUCAAUGCAAUUUCUGCCAGGGCAAUCAAGUGGUGUUCUAUGUAAUGGACUUGGGAUUUCAGGUCAGCCUGAUGCAGCGUCACAGGGUUUAAAGCCACCAAAUAAUUCUGGUGUGAUUUCAAUGUGUAAUGGUUUUGAUGCUAAGCAUGAUUUAUGGAACAGUGAGCAAGGGUCAUUGAGUAAUUUUAAUACAGAGAACAUCAUGCCAUGGGCUGCUAAUUCUAAUCCAGUGAACACUCAUCUGGAACCAGUAUAUUACAACAAUCCAUGGGCUGAAAGUCCCUAUAGUAUAAAAGCUAGAGAGGCAGCGUGGGGUUUUCAGAAUGUGCUCCGGAACCAUAAGUUCAGCAAGAAUAGUAUCAGUAAUCAGGGGACGUAUCCAUACUAUUUCCAGAAUCAUAGGAACAACCUAUUGGGGUUAAGGUACCAUCGAAUUGUUAAACUGGAUGGAAGGCUUUCAAGUGGGAAAUUCUAUCUUGGGCCAAAACCAAAUUCCAACAUCUCAAAGCAAGGGCAUUUUUUGAGGUCAUGCUGCUCAAGUUUGUGGAAGCCUUCGCCUGGUCUUCCUGAGCAUGCCUCAUUAGAGGUGGCAAGCAUGAUGAAUCCUGGUUUUAGUGAUCCUGAUUUUCGAUAUGAAUAUUCAAAUCCCAAGGCAUGUCAUUUAGCUUAUUACAGUGCAUGGGCUAGCAUAGGUAGUCAAUUUCUAUUUACCAAUAAUGAUAGUAAUGGUCCAACUCCUGGUAUAAAAAUGAUGCAUGCCAAACAAUAUCUCAUGGUUGGACAGAAUCAUGGGCUUGAAGUUCCCUAUCGGACUCCCUUUGAGAAUUGCCAUGCAGCACCCAUAUUUUGUGAACCAAUUCACUGCAAUCUUCAGAGCAGCCGAUCCGCUGCUGAUUCACAAGAUGUCAGUACAAACUCUGCCUUGUCAAAUGAUAUGGGCUAUAGCAAUGGAAAAGAAUUCGUGUGCAAUACCCAGUUGUCUGAUGCAGAAGCAUGUAAGAAUGUAAAAAGCAACUAUAAGGAUGGCGAUGGCACUCAUAAUUUGCAAGGUGAAGUUGCAUCUUCAGUUGAUCUUUUGUGUAACCUUUCAUUGUCAUUAUCCAAAGGAGUGCAACCUCGUGCCCAUUCUUCUCAUGGUAGCAACAAUGUUUCUGACGCCUUGAUCACGCCUCAAUCAAAGCCUUUAGAUCUCAUGGAUGAAGUGCAGAUCGACAAAGGCCCUCAAGUUGAUCAAUCAAGUGGAAACGGAUCUAAUCCUUCACCCAAGAACAUGGAUGGAUUGGAAAAGGAUCACAUCCAAGUAGAAGCAAUGCAACAUGACCUUCUAUCUGAUUUAAAAAUUGAUGAAAAGAAAGAAGCUAACGAAGGUAGAAAAUGCUUUAAGGUGAUUGGAAGAAUCUCAAGUGGCAUGACUGCAUUUUUUACUCAUCUUGCUACUAGAGAGCUUCAGACUAUUAAGAGUUCAGACUUGGAAUACAUAAAAGAACUUGGUGCGGGUGCAUAUGGAACUGUCUUCUAUGGAAAAUGGAAGGGGUCUGAUGUUGCAAUUAAGAGGUUAAAGCCAAGUUGCUUCUCCGAAGGUUCAGUGGAGGAGGAGCGAUUGGAAAAUAUCCAUAAGACAUUUCUACAGUACUGCUUUUGUGCAACUUUCUCCGAUUGGUCAUCUCUAAUGUUUAUGUGAUCAUCUGAUAGAGUUAUUUCUGCAGUACUGUUCUUCUGAAACUUGAUCAUUUCCAAUGAUUAUUCAU